UUCAAUUCGUACGUCCUUCACUGAGCCUACCGUAGUGUGCACCAUGCCGAUCUCCGGUGACUGCGUCGUCGUCGACAUCGACGCCGGCGACGGCAAGGCCACCGCCGCCGCGCCGCCGGUGCCCUACGUGCUGUCCUUCACGGACCUCUCCUACAGCGUCAGGAAGCGCGGCGCCGGCGGGCUGAUGCAAUGCCUGCCGUCGCGCCCGAGCAACCGCCUGGCGUCCGCCGACGCGCCGCCCGCCGGGCCGACCAAGGCGCUGCUCGACGGCGUCUCCGGCGAGGCGCGCGACGGCGAGCUGCUGGCCGUCAUGGGCGCCAGCGGGUCCGGCAAGUCCACGCUGCUCGACGCGCUCGCGGGGCGCAUCGCGCGGGAGAGCCUCCGUGGCAGGGUGGGGCUCAACGGCGAGGCGCUCCACGGCCGCCGGCUCCGGGCCAUCUCCGCCUACGUCAUGCAGGACGACCUGCUGUACCCGAUGCUCACCGUGCGGGAGACGCUGCUCUUCGCCGCCGAGUUCCGCCUCCCGCGCGCGCUCCCGCCGGACAGGAAGCGCGCCCGCGUCGACGCGCUCAUUGACCAGCUCGGCCUCGCCCGCGCCGCGGACACCAUAAUCGGCGACGAGGGCCACCGCGGCGUGUCCGGCGGGGAGCGCCGCCGCGUCUCCAUCGGCACGGACAUCAUCCACGACCCGAUCCUGCUGUUCCUCGACGAGCCCACCUCCGGGCUCGACUCGGCGAGCGCCUUCAUGGUGGUGCAGGUGCUCCGCCGCAUCGCGCAGAGCGGGAGCGUCGUCAUCAUGACCAUCCACCAGCCCAGCGCGCGCAUCCUCGGCAUCCUCGACCGCCUCCUCUUCCUCUCCCGUGGCCGCACCGUCUACGCCGGCACGCCGGCUGAGCUCAAGCGCUUCUUCUGCGAGUUCGGCGCGCCCGUCCCGGACAACGAGAACCCGGCCGAGUUCGCGCUCGACACCAUCCGUGAGCUCGAGAACCAGCUCGACGGCGCCGCCAUGCUUGUACAAUUCAACUCGAGGUGGCAAGAGGCAUCGCGCUGCGCUCUGCCGGCAGCCGGCAAGGACAGUAAGCUCAUGUGCACAAUGCCGCUCGAGCUCGCCAUCGCGGAGAGCGUGUCAAGAGGGAAGCUGGUCGCCGGGAGCGGCUCGGGGACGGCGUCGUCGACGUCGAUGCCGACGUACGCGAACCCGCUGUUCGUGGAGGUGUGGGUGCUGAUGAAGCGGGCGUUCACCAACACGAGGCGCAUGCCGGAGCUCUUCGUGAUGCGGCUCGGCACGAUCAUGGUGACGGGGUUCAUCCUGGCCACCAUCUUCUGGCGCCUCGACGACACGCCCAAGGGGGUCCAGGAGCGCCUCGGCUUCUUCGCCAUGGCCAUGUCCACCAUGUUCUACGUUUGCGCCGACGCGCUGCCGGUGUUCGUCCAGGAGCGCCACAUCUACCUCCGGGAGACGGCGCACAACGCGUACCGCCGCCUGUCCUACGUGAUCGCCAACGCCGUCGUCGCGUUCCCGCCGCUGGUGGUGCUGUCGCUGGCGUUCGCGGUGACCACGUUCUUCGCCGUCGGCCUCGGCGGCGGCGGCGGCGCCUUCCUGUUCUUCGUGCUGAUCAUCCUGGCGUCGUUCUGGGCGGGGAGCGGGUUCGUGACCUUCCUCUCCGCCGUGGUGCCGCACGUGAUGCUCGGGUACACGGUGGUGGUGGCCAUCCUCGCCUACUUCCUCCUCUUCUCCGGCUUCUUCAUCAACCGCGACCGCAUCCCGGACUACUGGAUCUGGUUCCACUACCUCUCGCUGGUGAAGUACCCGUACCAGGCGGUGCUCCAGAACGAGUUCCGGGACGCGACGCGGUGCUUCGCGCGCGGCGUGGAGAUGUUCGACGGCACGCCGAUCGGCUCCAUGCCGGUGGCCGUCAAGCUGAAGGUGCUCGGCGCCAUCGGCCGGACGCUGGACGCCGAGCUGACGGCGGAGAGCUGCGUGGUGACCGGCGCCGACGUGCUGGCGCAGCAGGCCGUGCUGGACGUGGGGCGAUGGAAGUGUCUGCUGGUCACCGUAGCGUUUGGGUUUCUGUUCCGUUUUCUGUUUUAUGUCGUGCUGCUCGUUGGGAGCAAAAACAAGAGGCGAUGAGCCAUUUUGGUGGCAAAUUUGUGUAAUCUUUAUAUUCAUAUAGUUGAAGUGUGUUAGAUUAUUCGAUCAAAUUUGACUAUAAAGAUCAACU